AUGGACGUGUCAAUGUUCAAGGCCCUGGUUGAAGUCGAGCCCUGCGAGCUCGACAAGGGCGCCCCUCUCCUCCCAGCAGCCCCAGCCAAAGCCGUCCCGCGAACCUACCCCGGCGCGCCUCAGCGCGACGGAUUGUCGAUCGAGCUCUCGCGCAUCAACACUAACCCCAACAAUGGUAGAACCGCCGCCGACAAGACCGCCGCCGGCAUCGCCGGCUCCCCGCGGGCCCAGUCGCUGUCUCUGUCCAGCCCGCCCACGCCGGGAACCGACGUCGAGAUGAGCCGGCCCACGAGCCCAGCUGCCUUCGAGGUCCUGCAGAGCAUCUCGGACCCCCACAUGAACCGCUACCGUCUCGCCGCGGCGUGCCUUAUGAACUUUGGCAGCGGACUCAACGACAGCGCCCCGGGUGCCUUGAUCCCCUACAUUGAGAAACACUACAACAUCGGCUACGCUAUCGUCUCCCUCGUCUUCAUCGGCAACGCCUUCGGCUUCAUCUUCGGCGCCGUCUUCCUCGAGUCCCUUCGCGUGCGCCUCGGCCGCGCCCGCCUCCUCGCCCUGGCUCAAACCAUCAUCACCCUCGGUUACGCACCUAUCCUCGCCCAGGCGCCCUUCCCGCUCGUCGUCGUCUCCUUCUUCGUGAUCGGCUUCGGCAUAUCUCUCAACCUCGCCGUCAACAACGUCUUCUGCGGCUCCCUGCGCCAGGCCACCACCGCCCUCGGCUUCCUCCACGGCGCCUACGGCAUCGGCGGCAUCGUCGGGCCUCUUAUAGCCACGGCGCUCGUCACCGCCGCCCGCACUCGCUGGAGCAUGUACUACGUCAUCCCCCUGGCGUUGGCUAUCUUCAACGGCGCCUUCUCCGCCUGGUCGUUCCGGGAUUACGACUCCGAGCUCGUCAGCGGGACCUCGGCCGCCCAGGAGUCCGCCGCUGCCGCCGACUCAGGCACGCAGCUCCUCAGCAUGUUCUCCGCCCUCAAGAUCCGCGUCGUGCUGCUGGGUGCGCUCUUCAUCUUCGCGUACCAGGGCGCCGAGGUGUCCAUUUCGGGCUGGAUAAUCUCCUUCCUCAUCACCGUGCGAGGCGGCGACCCGGACUCGGUAGGCUACGUCACGGCGGGUUUCUGGGCGGGUAUCACUGUCGGCCGGCUGUGCCUGUCGCACCCGGCGCACCGCGUGGGCGAGAAGCUCUUCGUCGUUCUCGCGACGGUCGGCGCCGCUGUGUUCCAGCUGCUUGUGUGGUGGGUUCCCAACGUGGUCGGGCCCGCCGUGUCGGUCGCCAUUGUCGGCUUGCUGCUGGGGCCCAUCUACCCGUGCGCCGCGGCGGUGUUCAUGAGGGGUAUGACGAGGCAGAAGAGGCCUAGCGGGAUGGGCGUCAUCAGCGCCUUCGGAAGCUCUGGUGGCGCCGUGGCGCCGUUCAUGACGGGUAUUCUCGCCCAGGCGUCCGGCACGUGGGUGCUGCAUCCGAUCGCCAUUGGUCUAUUUGCCGUCAUGAUGGCGUCGUGGUACGGAGUGCCCCACAGCAGGAAGAGGUCUGAGUAA